UUUUUGUAACUCUUGAACUGAACGGACGUGUUGCGGACGCUUUGGUUGAAAAACGCGGUCUACGAAUACGCCAUACAUACAUAUGUGAAUGUGAAUACAUAUAUACAUGCUAAAGUGCGGUAGCAAAAUAAAAUUGCAAAAACAAAAAAAAUCAAAUCGUUAGCACAAAUUUACGAAUAAACUACCAAGUGUAUUGUGUGUUGCUGUAUAGCAAACACAACGUUAAGAAGAGCAAGAGAGCAGCGACGACGCGCCGCCUGCUGUUUGUGCGCGUGUGUUAGUGUGAGUGUGGAGAGUGUCGAUUGUGCCUAACAAAUUUGCCGCUAAAUACAAAAAGCAGCUGAAAGAAGAGGCCAGAAAAGACCAGCUGACGACAAAAACGCACACACAUAAAUAUAUAGAGAAAAGUCAACGAUCGAUUGUGAGUGCUCGUGGGUGUGUGUUUGUGCGUAAGAAGAGAACAGCAACAAAACACGCCAAAAUACAGAAUACAAUAAAUAGUAAAGAGCAGAGCAAACGUAAAGUGCGAGUGUGUGUGAGUGUGUGAUAAACACGUGUCCUGUCCCCAAAGUGCGCGCAACUAAACCAUAAUAAAAACACAAAUAAAACAUGUCUUCAGUACCGCUGGCUAUCAAAACAGAGGAAGUUAUACUGGAAAACGCCGAAUACAACAGCGCCGAGGAAUUGGAUGAAGAUUUACAAUUACAACUAGAAGAUUCAGGUGGCGAGAACACCUAUCAUAUUGAGUACACCACCGAGCCAUCACAUCAUCAGGUCACAACCAGCUCGCAGCGUCGCCAAUCAAAUAUGAGCAACUCUGGCAAGGGCGGAGGAGGCGGAGCAGAUGGGGGCGGCGGUAGCGGCAGCGAGGCUAUGAUGGACGGCGGCAGCUCACCCAACGGCAAGCCCAUGCUCGAUACGGAGAAGCGCAUGCGACGUGAAAUCGCCAACAGCAACGAACGCCGGCGCAUGCAGAGCAUCAAUGCGGGAUUUCAGAAUUUACGUUCCCUUUUACCACGUCACGAGGGCGAAAAGUUGAGCAAGGCUGCCAUACUGCAACAAACUUUCCAAUAUAUUGUUGAUCUGGAGAAUCAGAAGACACAGCUGCUGACGCAGAACAGCGAGCUGAAGCGUCAGGUGGGCGAGCAUGAGGCCAGCGGCGGCGUCGCUUCAGCGUCCGGCGACAACUACGAGUCCAGCAGCAACACCAACAACAACAGCAGCAGUAACAACAACAGCAGCAGCAGUUCCACUGCAGUGGCUAUAAAGAAGCGCAAGCUUACGGAUAAUGUCAUCAGCAUGCAAACAAUUAGCGACAGUUCGGAUGAGGGACUCGGCUCGAUGUCGCCGGAGCCAAUGACGCUGCUCAAUGCUGGCGGUGGCGCCGCAGCAGCAGCAGCAGCGGCGGCAGCAGCCAAUAAACUCAACAAUGCCAGCAUUAUAGCCGCCAAGGAGAUGCUCGAGAUGAAGAAGCAGCUGGAGAAGGAGCGCAGUCUGCGCCGCCUGCUCGAGGAUGAGCUGCAGCUGAUCAAGCGCCAACUCUACAGCGUUGCAACAGCGCCGCCUGGCACGGCAGUUGCUGCAGCAGCCAACAGCGCCAACAGCGGAUCUUACAUGCAACGUGAAGUGAUUGAGCAUACGGACAACUUUGUGCGCCCCGAGGAGCUCGAAGAGAUUGGCGGCACUGUCUCGUAUGUGGAAAUUGAUGAGAUGGGACAGCAGCAGGUGGUGGUGUGCUCCAGCAUUGAGGAGCUAGAGUCCGAUGCGGCGGCAGAGAUCAUCAGCGAAGAUCAGGUGCAUGAGGAGGUGAUAUUGUCCUCGAACAGCUCCACCGAGUCGGAGAAUGAGGUGAACGUGAAUGCCAUAGCGAAGGCGUAUGCCGAGGGCAUGAGCACGCCCAUCUUGCAUACGGCGAUUAAGGCGACGCCCAAAGUGGAGGUGGAGCGCAUCAAUGAGAAGAUUGUCAAGGUCAAGACGGAGAAACUCGAUCAGCCCACACUGAUGGCUGGCACUACAAUCUUUCCACGUUCCCGCCAAAAUCUUGAGACUAUUGUUGAGGCCAUACGCCAUCUAGAGGGAGAUCAUCUGUUUGCCGAUGGCGAUCAGCAGCAUCGAUUGCAGCAGCAAUACCACCAACAGCAGCAGCAGCAACCGCAUCAAUCACAACAACAUCAUCAUCAUCUGCAGCAGCAGCCGCAGCAGCAGCAGCAUGUGGUGCUCCAGCAGCAGCAGACACAUAUAGGACAUCGGCUUGCUGGACAGGAUGCGCCGCUGGCGUUAACAACGGGCAAACAGCAUGCAACAAUUGCCGAGCUGCGUCCGUUCCUGCAGCUGAAGGGCAACAAGCAGGUGAUCAUCACGGCCAAGUCGGGCAAAGAGAUUUCCACGCCCACAGCCAUUUUCAAGGUGCAGACGAGCAAUGCGAACGCCUCCUCCGCCACGUCCAGCAGUCACCAUCACCAUCAGCCCGUGACCAUUACCACGUCGCUCAAGCAAUGCCGCCCCGGAGUCAUUGUCGCCAAGCAGCUGCCGUCGUCCUGAUUGCCCAGCAUCACCGGCAACACACUACUCAUUGGAGCAGCAGCAGCAGCAGCAACAGCAAAUAACAGAGCUAGUAUUAAAAGCGUGCGCACUAACAUAGCGUUAACAGCAGCAGCCGCAGCCGCAACAGUAGCAACCACUGCUACGGCUACAGCAACAACUACAAACUUAACUAUAAAUCGUCGCAGCCAUGUUAAGUGCUUUAACAGCGCUGUAAAACGUCAUUAAAAACAAAAGCUCGCAGCUGUAUGCGCGCUCGCAGGCAGACAAAAGCUGCCUUGUAUAUUCGUAGCACAGCAGA